ACUUGCUUGAAAGUAUACACAAAUACAAAUACAAAUACAAAUACAAAUAUUUUAUUGGCAUAAACUCAAUUACAAUAAUUGGCAACGGCCCAUACAACUAGUAUACAGCAAGGAUUUGUAUAGUGAAAAUCCUUGUAUACAGAUAGUAAUGAUGCAGCAAUUAAACAAUACUACAUAGCAUAUCAAUAGGCACAUUUUGAACAAUGAAAUGUGCAGUUAUAUAUAUAUUAUAUACAUAGGUUAAUUUAGAAUAGGCUACUGACAUAAGUAUAUUGUAUGUUAUAGCUUCGAAUUGUUCAUAUUACUCAUUUGUCAGGACAUUUUUUCCUAAAUUCAAAUGAUUGAUUAAUAAAAGAUGAUAUUAAUCUAAGUGUUUUUCUACACUUGCUAUUAAGUUACUAAGUAGUUUGAUAUAUUCAUCCUCAGUUUUGGAUUGUUUGUCAUAAUUUUUAAAAUUGGACAAUUUUGAUAUAAGAACAUUUCUUUGUGAUUCAUAUUUUGUACAGUGCAAGAUAAAAUGUUUUUGCUUCUAUAUUAUCAUUAUGACAUAAUUGGCACAACCUACACAUGUUGUUAACUACAUGUGUUGUUUUGGUAUAAAAAAUUCAAUAGCCUAUGUAAAAAAUGAUUUAUGAAUUGUUUCUGUUUCUAUAUGCUCCCUAACUUUACUGAACUAUUAUUACAGUGUGAAACCUUAGAUUCCAUAGGUUAUUCUGUCUGUGGGAUAGGCUGCAAUAGAGAGACGGACAGUGCACCAGAUAUUUUUGGCACUAAAGAUGCAGUCCAGUUUUUUGACUGUGACAUUGAACAGAAGUUUAAUGUGUUCUUUUCAGGUAAAAUUGAUUUCAUUUAUCAUUUUAUUUUUUAAUUCAUAAGAAAUCUUUUGGCCUUACUAAUUGAGAUAUAUGAAUUAUAUGUCCCUGUCACCUUAUCAAUCUAGGUAUAUUGUAUUAACCUUGUUGACAAUUCGAAGUAGCCAGCCUGAAAUCAGACAUUUAUCCAAAGGUCUUUUUACAUUACUGCAUAAUUACAUACAAAACAAUCUUAUAUUAGUUAAAAGUAUUAGAUGAAUCUACCAUGACACUCCAUGAUUGUAUUCAUUUUUUAUGGUACAUUUAUUUCAGGAAAGAAAGACAAAGCAUCAAAAAUUGACAACUUAUGUAAAGGGGCUGACGAAGAAAGGAAGGAGUUGAAACAGCUUGUAAGAAAGCAUUUCAAUGCAGCUUGGGCCAAUUCAACAAAUUUAGGUACCCAAGUGCCUUAUAAAGAAAUCAAAGAGGGUUCAAUCAAGGUAGACGUGGAAGGGUUGCCAGAUGGCAUGGUCUUCAAAGAACCAUCAGCUUACGGGAAAGAAAUCUUAAGGAGCAUGUUGAAGACAAGAGUGACUUUUAAAAUCAGGAAUACAGAACUAUCAGAAGAUGAAGUGAAUUCAAAUGGAGAUCACAACAUAGCUAAUGAUACAUCAGCAAUAUCAGUUAAAGAUGCAAAAAAGAGAAAACAAGGAGGAAAGAAUGGAGUAAGCGACAUUAAUAGAUUUGAAAGACAAGGAUGUAGCAGUAGCACUGAUGUUAACAAAAGAAAACAAGGAAAUAAGAAAGGCAAUGGAGUUGAAUGCAAAAGAAAUAAAAAACCAGUGGAAAUUCAAGAAGGUACAGACUUGUCAGCAGAAGAUGUAGAAAUGUUAAGUCCACUUUUAUUAGACGAAGCAACACAAGAAUUGGUGGAUCCUUCACAAGAUGAACUUUACAAGAUAGAGAAGAUCUUGAAAACCCGUAAGAGAAAACAGAAAACAGAAUCCCUGGUCAAAUGGGAAGGAUGUGACGAAUUAACAUGGGUACCUCAAGAAGAUAUAAAAAAUAUAUGAAUUUACUUUUAGUUAUGGGUUUUAACAUUUGCUACUUAUAAAAAAAUGUUCCUCUUCAUAUGUUGGGAAAAAAAUUUCAUACACAAUACAUGCAAUAGAGGCAUGAUCCAUAUUAUAAGACAAUAUCAUAUUCAACAAUACUGAAUAACAUCUGCAAUAAAUAAAAUAAAUUAUCAUCAGAUAAAUUAUUAUGGUGUUCUCUUGAAUUAGAAGCUUCUUCAAUAUACAUUCCAAAUUGAUUAAAGUUCUUUUUCAGAAUUGGGGUUUACAAAAUUUUUAUACAGUUUUCAUUCAAAUUAUUUGAAUUAAUUUCAUUGAUUUUAUAUUUAGAUCUAAUUUAAUCAUAUUGACAACAAUUGAUUCAAUCAAGAAAUGUAUCUCAUCUUCAAUUUGUCCAGUGCAAAAUUUACUAAAUCUCUUGUAAGAGGAUAUUAUUAGUUGAGAUACCUACCAGUUUCUAUUACUAAUGAAUGUGCACUUUUUCUUAAUUUUGUGAGUUUUUUUCUGAGAUAUUUAAGAAAAUUAUUCUUAAAUAUUCCUUUUUGUUUUAAUAAAUAUAAAUUUUUCUAAAAAAAAAGUUUACUACAGUUUCCAUCUUUUAUAAAUAUGAAUGAUAUUCCAAUAUAAUUUGAUAAUUGAGAUAAUUUAUUGGAUCAUCUCUACUUGUUAGAGUUUUGUCCACUUCAAAAACAGAAUUUUAUGUGGACAACCAGACCGUUCACCAGUAUCACUGAGACACACAUAGUAUAUAUACAUAAGCUGAUAACAUUUAAUGCUAAUAGGUAAUGUAGAUUGGUAGACUUUCCAUGAACCCCAAGUAUAUUUUUAUAUAUGGAGUUUUUUGUUUUUUCAAUUUUACAUUUUUCUAAUAGGCUUCAAAAUUUGGUUUAAAUUCUGAUACAUAAACUAAAGUAGGAAUUAUCAUCCAGUUCAGAAGUUGGAGCCAAGUUGUAAGAAGGCUUGAGGGUACGAAAAAUUCAGCAAAAAUUAAAACAUUUUUUUUUAUUACAAAUUUUAUUUAUGACGUUUGAAAUGUUUAUAUCAUUGAAAAAGCUCCAAAUUAUCUCCCUUUGGUGAAAAAAUGCCAUUUUUAUGCAUUAAAAUUCAAAUAACUUUUUUAACUCAUCGGUGAACUAUAUUUUUUAUCAUUUUUUUCAAAUAAACUACUCAAACUAAACUAUUGUAAAAUUUAACCGAUUUCUGUAAUUUAGUUUUUUUUAUUUUGAUAUUACAUUUUUUCUCCUAUUAGUUCAACAGGAAAAAAGUACCUUAACAAAAAUGCAUGUUUCUUUCGAAAGCAGAUUGUGAGCUCAAAUGAACAGUGACCCUAUAUUUUUAUUUAUUUUUCCAUCAAGUAUAGGAUAAAGUUUAUUUAUAGAAAAAAAAAGUGAAAUUCUAUAUUUAAAAAAAAAUGAUUUAUACCCGUGAGCCCCCUUAACAGACAAGUUUUUCCUCUAAAUAGUAGUACACUACACUUUAAAAAUCUUUUUGAGUUGUAGAGCAGGUGCGAUUUUUUAAAUUUGAAUUAAUUGUGCACUAGGGCCAAGAAUAAGUCUUUAAGCAAAGAAUUAAUUACUAAAUAAAAUAAGUUUUGUAAUAGCAGCAUGAAGAAUACAAGGGAGGUUAGGUUGCUUAUUAUAUCUACAACCUGAAAAUAAAUAGUCCUAAGCUAACACAUCUUUAUAGAUUAACUCUUUUCCAUUUUCAUAUUGUCAAUUACCUAUUUACUUAUACUGCAAUUUAUAGGAUUUAUCUCCCAUAAGCUGACUUAUCUCCUCUUCAUAAGAUUGCUAUAAGGUAUGUUACCCUUACAGGUUUUUAAAGUUAUACCAGGGUCAGUAAGCUGUUCAUCUUUUGGGGAAGAAAAUUAAAAUUUUAUAGGUUUUUGUCCUAUUUGUUCCUCGUUUUUUCACAGUUUUCUUAGCCUGAUACAAAAAUGAAAUAAUUUUCUGGCAUUGACCUUCAUUUAUACGUCCAUGCUAAGCAGAGAGUGAUAGAUAGUUCAUUCAGUUAUGGGGUUUGUUUUAUUUUUGGCUAAUAAUCUCUACUUUUGUAAAGAUCUGAAUGUGCUUGUAUUCCAUUUUUUCCUCUUUGUUAUUUGCAAAAUUAAUGGAUCCAUAUUUUGCUUGAUACUCAAUACUUAAGACACCCAAGAAAACCUCAAAAAUAGGUACACUACUUAAGUACUGUUCCAGUAGAGACAUUAUCUGUAAGAUGUUGUACUUCUUAAAAAAAAAUUUCAAUCAUAUUCAAAAUUUUUAAUGGGUGUUUAUAAGAAAAAAUUUUGUAUUUGUUAUGAGUAUUUAAUUUAGUGUUACUGUAUAUUAAUGAUGUUUGUGUACCAAUUUAUUUUUUUACUAAAUAAGCUUUAACUGCUUACUAGAAUAAAGCAAAACAGAGAAUGAUAUUAAUUAAUAAGUUUUAUGUUUAGAUAAGAUGUUUACACAGUUUGCAAGUUGAAAUAAUUCACAAAGGAAAUAAAGUAAAUAAAUGAAAUUGAUGCUUUGA